UGCCGUCGAAACUAAAUGGUAGGGGCAGAAAUCAAAAACAUGUUUAUGUCAUCCACUACACAUUGUGCAAGUGCAACCAAAACUCCACCCAAUCAAUCAUCAAGUAGUCCUGGUCAACCACCACUGACUCUCACUAGUAGCACAAGACCAAUGGCCGCCGGCGAGUCCACCACCACUUCCACAAACCUAGGGACCAAACCAAAGAAAAUAAUCAUACAAAACAAUUACGGUGAAAAACUCGUGGGCUUGUUACAUGAAACCGGGUCCAAAGAGAUUGUAAUCUUGUGCCAUGGCCUCCAAGGCACAAAGGAAUACAGUAUGAUGGCAGAGCUCUCUUUUGCGUUGGAGAAACAAGGGAUUAGUGCCUUCCGCUUCGAUUUUUCAGGAAAUGGGGAAAGUGAAGGCUCAUUCGGUUUUGCUAACUACCGUAAGGAGGUUGAUGACUUACAUGCAGUAAUUCAACGUUUCACUGCAGCAAAUCGUGUUGUUAGUGCUAUCAUUGGACACAGUAAAGGCGGGAAUGCGGUGGUCUUAUACGCAUCCUUACAUCACGAUAUACCAAUAGUCGUCAAUGUUUCUGGCCGUUAUAAGAUGGAUCGGGGCAUUGAGAAGCUUUUGGGAAAUGAUUAUUUGGAAAGAGUGAAAAAAGAUGGCUUUAUCGACAUCAAAUCCCAAGCAGGAAAAGUUUUAUUUCGUGUGACCGAAGAAAGCCUGAUGGAACGACUGAACACAGACAUGCAUGAGGCGGGACCUAAAGUUGACCGAGAUUGCAAAGUGUUGACCGUUCAUGGAUCGGCUGAUGAAGUCAUUCCAGUUGAAGAUGCUUUGGCGUUUGCCAAGAUUAUACCGAACCAUGAGUUGCGAAUCAUUGAAGGUGCUAACCAUGAUUACAGCGACCACAGAGACGAAUUAGUUCCCAUUGUUUUGGAUUUCAUAAAGGCCAAUGUGCAUAGGGUUCUUUGAACCAAAGCAUAUGAAUAUGGAGCAAGAUAUGUUUAUUGAUGUAUGAAGAACCACAUUUACUUUCCCCUUUUUAUCUAUGUAUUGUUACACAUGUAUUACUAAACUUUUAAAGAUUUAAUCUUUGAUCUACAACA